AUGGAUAGUAAUCAUGAUAACAGUGAUAAUGGUGAGGAACAUGUUAAUCAUCAAACUUAUAUCGUCAUAGAAUUUGCAAAAACAAUUAGGAACAAAACUUUAUUAUGGAUUGUGGACAAAAUUGUCGCAAAACGCCGGCAUGGGGGCGCUGAACUUUUGCUUAGGAAGCAACCUCAUGAACAUGAUCAGGGUAUCAUAUUUCACAUUUCGGCCUCCAAAAUCAGGCUUCUAGAAGGUGCCGAAGAAAUGGCGCUUCUUAAGCCCGAUCUAGCUGGAAAUAUACGUGAAUUUGAUCUGGAACAUAUAGAAGACUUUCUUCCAGACAAAGCUGGUCCAGAACAAUUACUUACUACAUCAGAAAUGCAAAGCAUUGUUUGGCGAGAACUAAUUAAUAUGAAAGCUCAGGCAGAUGAAAAGUCAUUGCCAGGAUACGCCGAAGUACAACUAUAUCAUGGACAGUCCAUAAUUCAAUUGUUAGAAAACUUAGAAUUAAUAGAACGUAUUCAUCCAUUACAUGAUAAAGAAUUUAAAGAAACUUGGAAAGAAUGGUAUUGGGCAUUAUUGAAAAGGCAACCAAUUGCCGAAAUCAGAGAGUAUUUUGGAGAAGCUGUUGCUCUUUAUUUCAAUUUUCUGGGCUUUUACACCACCGCCUUAAUAAUACCAAUGACUUUAGGAUUUCUACAGCUGAUUGUAUCUCAAGAAACCCUGGCAUUCUUUUGCGUUUUUAAUGUUAUUUGGGUCACUGUAUUUUUAGAGUUAUGGAAAAGAAGAUGUAGUGAGCUGGCUUUUGACUGGGGCACAAUUAAUAUGACAAGCCUUGAUGAACCACGUCCGAACUAUCAUGGAACAAUGGGAAUAGAUGCUGUUAGUGGAAAAGUUCAGCCACAGUACCCUAGAUGGAAAACUAAUAUGAAGAAUUGA